AUGAAGGAGCUUGAAAGGAUGCAGGAGAAACACGUCGACGAUCUCUACGAGCUUCUCGACGGCUCGAGUCACAAGAUUGACUUCACCUCUCUCUCGAGAUUGCAGAACGAUCCAACGUUCCUUUCAUCUCGGAUUGCAAGCGACAUCCACAACAAGAUUGAGAAAUACUUCCUCUCGUUGAUCCAAACCAUGGUCCGCUACUCCACCAUACGGAUAACUCCGUUGAUGAUAUGUCGAGUGCUUCAUGGUAUUUCUUCUCCUUCUUGUCGGCGAGACAUCGGAGUCUCAAUCUUUGCGGAGUAUUGGGGAAAGAUGUACAAUGUCGAUUGGAACCUAAUUCACAUCUGUUCCUCGAAAGUGCUCAAUGAGCCAGAGCUGAUCAAAGCCUUGAAUGGAACAAGAUCACUAAUGUUGAACGAACAAGCUACAGAGACGAGAUUGAAGAUGAUUCAGGAGUGCAAGAAACUUGUCUUGUCUUGCUAG